AAAUAUUUCAAUCAAAAUUCAAGAUUUUAUCAUAAAAAAAAAUAAUGUGGCACGUUUAACAUUAUUUCAGAUAAUAUUUACAAUAACAAUCAUAAUAUCAGCCAUUCUAAUGAUCAAUCCAAAUUGGAUUCUAAUUACAAUACAAACAUUAUUUCAAUCAAUAUCAUUAAUAUUAAAUUUAUUUAUACCAUUUUUAUCAUCAUAUUCAAUAAUAAUGUUAAUCAUAUUGAUUACAAUUACAAGUUUAAAUUUGAUUUGUAUUAUAUUUAAAAUUCGUUUAAAUAUUGAUAUUAUUCGUCGUCGACGACGUCGUAUUGUUCGUGAAAUGAUUGAAAUCGAAGAUAGCGGUGAUGAUAAAUCCGAUAAUAUUCGUUCAGAAAUAAGCGAUCCAAUUCCAUUGGAACAUCGAUCAUCGAUUGUACAGUUUCAAUCACAUCAACCAUCGCCAAUGCUACAGCAGCAUUAUCAAACAUCAUUACCAUUUACCACCAUUGUACAGGAACAGAUUCCAUUUAUAAAUUCAAAUCAUCAACAUCAACAUUAUGAAGGUCGUACAACAUUUUAAAAAUUUUUAAAAAUUUUCUUUAUUAACAUUUGUUGUUGUUUUAAAAUAUCAAUUUUUUUUAU